AUGGCCGAAGAAGGUAGAAUUCAACAAGUGUGGACCUUCAUUCUCCUCAUUUGUUCCUGUGUCAUCUUUUCAUCCAUUGCCAUCUUGUUCGGAAUUUUGACUGCAGCCUAUUAUGACCCCAAUGAAAUGCUCAAUACCAUGUCGUGUGUGGUCAUUGAGCCUCAUCAUGAAUGUUCCAUCACUCCAGAAUGUGCCGGAGGAAAGGUGGAAUGUUGUACCGCAUUGGUCUCUGUAAAACCAGGAAUUUUGUUUGCCAAUGUUUCCUCGUUUCAACCUCUCCGAACGACUUUGGCCUUCACGGAAGAGAGUACCUAUUACAAUUAUAAAGCAAAUGCUACUGUCACUUGUUACAAUAUUUAUGCAGAUGGUACAGUGGAUUGUGGUGAAUGGGAUUAUUAUUCUUUUGAUAUUCCAGCAGAUGUCCGAGUUCAGAGAUUUUACCUUUCAUUCCGAUUUACCAAGCUGAAUGAUCCAUCCACGAACGAUGUUCAAGCCAUUUCCAUAUUCUUCAAAUUAAAUGAAAUUCCGAAUAUUACGUAUCAUGAUGCAGUUACAACAUCACCGACCGUUCCGAUUAGUUUGGAUUAUUUACAACCCAAUUCUACGGGAUAUAUUGCAGUGUUAGGAAGAGGCAUGUGUCAAGAAGGACAAGAAACAACGAAUUAUUAUUUAUUUCAGGGAUAUUUGGAUCGAGAGGGACCACUCCCAAGUUGGGCCAUUGUUAUCAUUAUUGUUGGAUCUGGUCUCCUAUUCUCUGUAGUUGCCAUUUCCUUAUCUGUUGCCUAUCGACAUUUCAAACAUCGAAAGAGAAGAGAAUAUGAACGAUUGUGA